GCUUUGCACCGGGUCACAAUUAGUCAAGGAGAAACUGCAAGUCGCUUUUGAUUGGCUCGGGGAAAGCGGCCAUCUUUAUUUCGGCCGACGUCCUGCGUUCAUUUAGGGCAACGAGCAUGCGCUCCAUCCCUAAGAGUCUUUGCCCUAAACCAAUAUGGCUGCGCCCUGGACCUCUCUUCUGCUUCUUUGAGUAACACAGAACAGAUCACCGAGGCUGUUUCCCCAUAGGUCAUCUGCAAGAUGGUUCUGCGGGCGAGAGGCCGGGAUCUGCUGGCUCUAUGCAGGAAUCCCGGGUUUCGGUUGGCGCCUCUCACCACCAGCCCUAAUCCAGCCCCAGCGCCGGAGGUGGACCCGAAGGAAAAUGAGAAGAUCGCGCCGGAAUUCACCAACCGAAACCCCCGCAAUCUGGAGCGUUUAGCCCUGGCCAGGAAGGAGCGGGGCUGGGCCACAGUGUGGCCGUCGCGAGCCUACUGGCACAGGUUGCGAGUUAAUCGGACCCAGCACCACAUAGAAGCAUUUGUUGAGCAUUCUAGUGGGGAUGUUGUGGUUUCUGCAUCCACUCGUGAAUGGGCUAUUAAGAAACACCUCUACAGAACUCGAAAUGUCAAUGCCUGUGAGAAUAUAGGAAGAGUUCUGGCCCAGAGAUGCCUGGAGGCAGGAAUCAACUUCAUGGCCUUCUAUCCCACACCUUGGGAAGAAUCCUCAGAAUCGGCAUGUUCUGCCUUGAGGUUUUUAGAUAGAAGUGAAUUGCUUUUGGAUAAGAUGGAAGAUCUGUAUAUUGAGUUCUCUUCUCUGUAACAGCCCCAGUACUGGGGGCUUAACUUUGAUAGUAAAUUGUGUUUUAUAUACCACAGUACUAACAAUCUUUUGACAUACUUAUUUUAGUCCUAUAUUAUUAUCAAGACCAAUUUAUACAUAGUAGAUGCUAAUUAUAUAUUCCUUGAAAAAUAACCCUAUCCUUUGUAGUGGGAAAAGUUGAAUGCUGGCAUUAUUUUGUUUACUUUCUUUUUUGGGACAAUAGUAGGAAGAUGUUUUCUUUGUGUAUCCUUUUUCUUUUUGAAUCUCAACAUGGUGCUAACUGAAUCUUUUUCUCUUUCCUUAUCUGAAAAUCAGAUACAGCGACUACAAGAUGCCAUGAAAGAAGGUGGGGUGGUGCUACGGGAACCACGAAGAAUCUAUGAAUAAAAGAGAAAUUUCAUUUCUUUUGGACUUUUAAUUUAAAAAAAAUCAGUUGAUAAACCCUUAUCAAGAGACAAAAACUUGAGAAUUAUGAGAUUUUGCCAGCAUAAUAAAUGUGCCAUUUUUUAGA